UUUCCUGAUAGACUCUGACAGUCGGUCAGCUGUUGAACGGAAAGUUUUUGCCAAAGUUUGAGAGCUUGUUGUCUGGUGUUUUUAGAUGCUGGAUUCUCCUGGAUCAGCAUUCCCCGCGCACGGAUUUCACGUCUUAUCGAGCACCAUCCUGUAGAACUAACCGGUUUGUAACGAUAUAGUGAUUAAAAAAAAAUUUUUACUUCGUAAUGAGCUUGAACGAGCACUCCCUGCAGGCUCUGUCCUGGAGAAAACUGUACCUGAGUCGAGCCAAAUUAAAAGCCACCAGUCGGACUUCGGCUCUUUUGUCGGGCUUUGCAAUGGUUGCCAUGGUGGAGGUACAGCUGGAGCGCGAUCAUAAGUAUCCUCCAGGGCUGCUGAUAGCCUUCAGCGCCUGCACCACCGUUCUGGUUGCAGUGCACCUCUUUGCCCUCAUGAUCAGCACCUGUAUCCUCCCAAACCUGGAGGCCGUCAGCAACGUUCACAACCUCAACUCUGUGAACGAGUCUCCCCAUGAGCGCAUGCACCGCCACAUAGAACUAGCCUGGGCUUUCUCCACAGUUAUCGGCACCCUCCUUUUCCUGACGGAAGUGAUGCUCUUGUGCUGGGUGAAAUUCUUACCCCUCAAAAGCAACGCGGAUGAGACAAACGGCACCAUAAGUUCCGGCGAGGCUGCGGCCAUAGCUUCCACCUGCAUUAUGGUGCCAUUUGGACUUGUUUUUAUUGUGUUCGCUGUCCACUUUUACCGCACGCUCGUCAGUCAUAAAACAGACCGACAGAUCCGAGAGCUGGAGCAGGUCAUUCGGCUCCAGAACCAGCUGGACCACAGGGCUGAGAACGACGACCUGAAGGCUGCUGUCCAUUUUCCCUGAUUACAGCUGUUGAACACACAACAGCAGGGACGUUCAGCAAAGCUGUAGUAAAACCUUUAUUUUCACUUUGUUGAAAUGCUUGUCUUUAGAAAGCUUCUUCUACUGUACAUUUCUUUGAUACUGCACAUUGACAAACGUCCCCAACAUGAUUCAGUAUGUUUUACUGUUAGGUUCUGUGUAAGUCCUUGGCUUUCAGCUGAACACAUUUCUGCAAUUUAUCAUCAUCAUCAUCACUUAAUGUAUGGUAGUCUUAACAUUUUCUAAAGGACAUGAGCACUUGAGCGCAUUGGGAUAAUACAUCCACUUCUUUUGGUUUUUUGUGAAGGCAAAAAACUUCUUGACUUCUUGUAAAAAAAUAUACAACACAGAAAAGAAAUUAAAGUGCUUUUAAGUUAUAACAGCACAAGAAAACUGCUGAUCAGCGUAAGAUCAGCUAAAAACAAUCCAGGGCUUUGAUUCAUUUUCCACUGAAAUGAAAUCUGGACGCUCUGUUGUUACCUAGUUCUAAUCUUUUAUCAGUUUCCUAUGUGUAUUGUACUAAUUUAUGUGCUGCAGAUUCAGUUCAAUUUAAUUCAAUUCAGUUUCAUUUUACUUAUAUAACACCAAAUCACAAGAACAGUCACCGCAAGGCUCUUUACAUUGUAAGGAAAAGACCCUACAAUAAUACAGAGAAAACCCCAACAAUCAGAUGACCCCUAUGAGCAAGCACUUGGUGUCAGUGGGAAGGAAAAACUCCCUGUAAAUAGGAAGAAGCCUCUGGCAGGACCAGGCUCAGGGAGGGGCAGCCAUCUCUUGUGACCGGUUGGGGCUGAGGGGAGGGAGACAGGACAAAAGGCACACUGUGGAAGAGAGCCAGAGAUUAAUAACUAAUGAUUAAAUGCAGA